UGGCCGACAGCCCUGGCCUCCAUGACAGCUGCCCGCUCCUGGCCCUCCCCAUUCUGGCUCUUCAGGAAGAUGUUUCCCUUCAAGGUGGGCAAGGUGGCCCUUGCUCGCUUCUGCCCACUGGCGGCCUCCUCUGCCAGUGUUCACAGGAAGAAGCUAAUCCGCAAGCUUCAGGAGGAAAAGGCUUUCCUGGCUGAGAUGAAACUGUUCCAUGAGAAAAUUCAAGACUUCAGGGAGCAGAUGUGGAGUUUCCGGGGCAAGAUCCGUGCUUUCCAGGGUCAAAUCUUGGGCUUCUGGGAAGAGGAGAAACCUUUCUGGGAAGAGGAGAAAACCUUCUGGAAAGAAGAGAAAAACUUCUGGGAAGUGGAGAAAUCUUUCCGGGAAGAGGAGAAGACCUUUUGGAGAAAGUAUCACACUUUCUGGAAGGAGGACAAGGUCUUCUGGAAAGAGGACAAUGCCUUGUGGGAAAGAGACCGGAACUUGCUCCAGGAGGAUAAAGCCCUAUGGGAGGAGGAGAAGGCGCUGUGGGUGGAGGAGAGCGAGCUACUGGAGGAGGAGAAAGCCCUCUGGGAAGACAAGAAAUCCCUCUGGGAGGAGGAGAACGCGCUGUGGGAGCAAGAAAGGGCCUUCUGGGUGGAAGGUGGUGGCCAGGGGGCCGGGGCGCAGAUGCUGGGUGAAGAGCUUCCUGACGGCAAUGGUGGGCAACAAUUGCUCAAGGUCUCUAGGGCGAGGGCAUAGCAGGGCCAGAGCCGGAGCACACACACACCCUUCCGGCUAGUCCUAAAGCCCAGGGUGGCCCCAUGCACCGGAGGGGUAGACAGGCGCUGGGCUCCUUGCUUGGAACAAUCUAAUAAAG